AUGGCUCCAAAGUCCAAGACCGCCGCCGCCGCUGCCGCCGCCCCAUCCAAAAUCACCUACAAGGACAUGAUCAAGUCUGCUAUCGUCACCUUGAAGGAAAGAAACGGAUCUUCACAAUCGCAGCAAUUGUCCGCAAUUGCCGUUGUCAGGCUGUUGCUAACUGUUUUCAAGGGGCAGUUCGCAUCGCACCACACUCAGAAUAGCAUCUCACUUUGUGCAAUACUAACCAUUUCUAGCCGUCAAGCCUUGAAGAAGUACGUCCAAUCUAACAACGACACCAAGACUGCCAACUUCGAUGCCUUGUUCAACGCUGCUUUGAGAAAGGGUGUCGAGUCAGGUGACUUCUUGCAACCAAAGGGUCCAUCUGGUCCAGUCAAGCUUGCCAAGAAGGAAAAGCCUGUCGUUCCAAAGGUUACCAAGAAGGCUCCAGUCAAGAAGGAAAAGCCUGCUGCUCCAAAGAAGGCUGCUCCUAAGAAGGCUGCUCCAAAGAAGGUUGUCAAGAAGACAGCUGCCAAGAAGGCUGCCCCAAAGAAGGCUGCUCCUAAGAAGGCUGCUCCAAAGAAGGCCGCUACCAAGAAGGCAGCUCCAAAGAAGGGUUCCAAGUAAAUAAGUUGUUGACAAGACUUGAUUUCCUGUUUGUAUAUUAGUGCUGGGCAUAAAAAAAGCAGUUCAAAACUUAUACUUUUCCUUCUUUAUCGUACACCAUUUGAUGGUGUUUUCUUCUUUACCACCAAGCUAGAGUUGCUUGCUUGUUUCUACGUGUGUGCUGUUGUCUAUUAUUGUUUUAUUAAUACCUACUACUGUCGACAAAGACUAAUUGUUCUAUUUUUGUGCCUGUCUCCUUCUCUGUAUCUCUUUCCACAGUUGUUUAUACUAUUAUGUAUUAUUGUUAUUAUAUAGCUGUUGGUGGAUUUUUCAGUAAGUGUGUAUUUUUAGUAAAUGAAUAGUUAGUUUUUGC